GUCUAGGUUCUUGAAGAACCAAUUCAAACAAAGGUAGGAUUUUGGCGCGGGAUUUGGAGAAAGCUAAUCAAUGGCUGCAACUAGUGGGAGCAAUGCUUUAAAUCCAUCAUCUGCUCCUCCGAAAAUACUCUUAGCGAAACCUGGUUUGAACCGUGUCGGCGGACCCGGUGGAAGCGAAGACGAAUCUGUCACUCUUCGGUCUCGUCUACCACCUCCUGCGUCUCUUAAUCUCCUCUCUGAUUCUUGGGAAUUUCACACUGAUCGUAUUCUUCAGUUCCUGACUGAGAACACUGAUUUCACUGUUAUUGGAGUAAUUGGACCUUCUGGGGUGGGCAAAUCGACCAUCUUGAAUGAGCUUUUUGGGUUCGAUGCGACCUCGCCUGGGAUGUUGCCACCUUUUGCAACACAGACGGAGGAAACUAGAGCAAUGGCAAGGCACUGCACUGUGGGUAUGGAACUCAGAGUUUCUGCUGAGCGGCUUGUACUUCUUGAUACCCAGCCUAUUUUUAGUCCUUCUGUUUUGGCUGAAAUGAUGAGGCCUGAUGGCUCAUCAACAAUUUCUAUAUUACAUGGCGAGUCCUUGUCAGCUGAUCUGGCUCAUGAACUGAUGGGUAUUCAGCUUGGCGUUUUCAUGGCAUCUGUUUGUCAUGUUAUUCUGGUUAUAUCAGAGGGAGUUCAUGAUAUGAACAUGUGGCAUCUGAUGCUGACGGUUGAUUUGUUGAAACAUGGCAUUCCAGACCCAUCUUCCUUAACUUCUUCCUACUCCCAGGGCUCUAAUCUGGGUCAUGAAAAGGAAACCAAAGACACCCCACAGGAGGCCGAUGAAGAGUAUUUGGCUGCUCCAAUUUUUGUGCACACAAAAUUGAGAGAACUGGAUCUCUUUCCUAUUAAUACUCUGCAGCUUAGGAGAGCACUUUCACAAUAUUUCAGCUUGUCUUCGUUCAUGGGAAAGAAAUAUGUAAACAAUAUCAAAGCGCAAAUGCAAUCUUCUGGGUCCUCUGAUAACAAGACUGAUGAUUUGGGCUCAGCAGAGCUGGAGCUGUUUCUAAUCCCAUCAAAGAGACAAGAUGACUUGCAGAGAGUUCAAUGUGAAAGCUAUGUUUCCAUGUUAGGGAAACUCCGUGAUUUGGUGCUGUCUAUUAAUUGCCGGCACUUUGCAAAGGCUGUGUCAGAACGUGAGUGGUUGAGGAAUUCUGCCCGAAUAUGGGAUAUGGUAAAGAACUCUCCGGUCAUUGCUGAGUAUAGCAGAACACUCCAAAGUUCAGGUAUGUUCAGAAGAUAGCUAUUACUUGCUCAUCUUUCCGGUUCAGUGAUUUGUAGACCUUGCCUAGCUGGCUAGCAUGCAGUUGGAAGUGAGACGUAUUUCUGGUUAAGCCAGUUCAUGUUUAGGA